GCGAGCACAGCAAUCUGCUAUGAUCAGAGACGGUCUGAUUGGCUGGUUGGUCAAAGAGCUCCACGACUCCGACUGUCUGUCUGACUACACGCUUGAAUAUGCCAUCUCCCUCCUCAUGAACCUCUGCCUGCGCACUCAAGGAAAGAAGAAAUGCGCAGAGGAGGCCAAGCAUGUCCUGAAAGUCCUGACGGAGCUCCUGGGACAUGAGAACCAUGAGAUUCGGUACUAUGUGAAUGGAGCUUUAUACAGCAUCCUGUCCAUGCCAGAGAUACGAGAGGAAGCCAAACAGAUG